CAUCCCAUUGGCUGCGAGACAUUUCCAAGUCUGGUCUCCCCGGCUGCUCCUGAUUCAAAGUGUUCACUUCAUCUGUGGCUGAGCGCGGAGACACAGCUCGACAUGCUGAGGAACGGCUUGCACAGAAACGUGUACCAGGGAGAGGAGGCGAGGCUGCGCAGCGGGAGUCUGGCUGUGGCUCGGGAGAGGAAGCACCUUGCUCUGUGCAUUAAUAACCAGGAGGAGGUGAAGAGGUACCAUCGCUACUGCAACCACAGUGGAGGGCAAGCGGUUCCCAGGGUGGAGAGAAGUCGCCCUCGUAGGAGCGAGGGGACGGACGACAACGGCCCCCAUCGCCGUGAGCAGCAGCAGCAGCACCUGGAGAUGAAGGCUAUAGUGAUCCAGCGGGCCUGGCGUGACAGCGUGUCCCGCAGGGGAGGCUCCAAGGAAAACGAGCAGAACCGUCUGGGGAGCCACUGGGGCGGGACGGCGCCGCCGGAGGAGCCCGCGACCAUCGGCGGCAUUUCUGCGGAGCAGCUAAAGACCUUCCAAAGCGGCUUUCAGCAUGUUAAUGGUGAAGGCUUCCAGCUGCAGAGUAAUAUUCUGACCAAGGAUCUCGACAACAACAUCAAUAUCAACAUGCCCCCCGUAGAGACUAAGGUGUUGAUUAUCCAGCGGGCCUGGCGUGACUUCCUCCAGAGACAGGAAGUGGAGAAGAGGAGCCCCUCCCCACCUUCCCUCUCCUCCUCGGACAAGAUGAGCAUGUCCAUCAGCAUGACCACCCUAUCAGACGGCAGCACCCCGGAUUACCGGGAGGAUGGCAUGGACCUGGGGAGCGACGCGUCCAGUCGCUCCAGCUCAGAGUCCAACUCCAACAAGGUCACGCCUUGCUCUCCUUCUCUUGACCUGGCCACUUUGGAAGACUACAAAUCCUCCCCCUCUCUGGACCUGGUCACCUUAGAGGACUAUGAGGAGGAUGAGGACUACCAGGAGUAUAAGAAGAAGGUGAUCGAGGAGUGGGAGAGUGAAUAUGGAGAGGACUACACCUCCCCACAGCCUCCUGGUCAGGAGCAAGGCGGAGGAGGUGUGUUGGGGGACGACGGCCUCGACGAAGGCUACAGGAAGACAGUGAACGGUCGCAGCCUCGCUGAAGAAUUCCAGGAUGUAAAGACGGUCCCACCCCUUCCUGCCCCCAGCGGACGCACUGCCACCUCGGUCGCAGCCGUUCCGGAGGAGCUCAAACAGAACGGCAACCUCAUUCUGCCCCGGCGCCGCCGGCCCCACUCCCCCGGUGCGCCGCAGAGGGACACGGGCACCGCCAAGCUCGGCCACCGCAACCGCGGUCAAGACAGAGGGAGCCGCGGCGGCAGUGGGGGUGGCGGGGAAGGGGGUGGAGGAGGAGGCCAAGGAGGCCACGGAGGGACGGGGGGACAGAUGGGAGGUUACGGAGAGGAGGGGAGCGCGGAGGAGGAACCGCUGCCCACCAUGGACUGGGCGGCACUGGAGAGACACUUGGCCGGGCUGCAGUGCCGUGAGCAGGAGAACCAGAACCUCAACCACAUUCAGAACCACAACAUGGGCAAAACCAACUACACCUCAGCCCAAAAGAAUGAGAGGGAGUCCAUCAGGCAGAAGUUGGCCCUGGGCAGUUUCUUCGACGAUGGACCAGGCAUCUACACCAGCUGCAGCAAGAGCGGCAAGCCCAGCCUUUCCUCGCGGCUGCAGAGCGGCAUGAACCUGCAGAUCUGUUUUGUCAAUGACAGCGGCAGCGACAAGGACAGCGAUGCGGACGACAGCAAGACGGAGACCAGCCUGGACACGCCCCUGUCGCCCAUGUCCAAGCAAAGCUCAUCCUACUCGGACAGGGACACCACGGAGGACGACUCGGAGUCCCUGGAGGACAUGGACUUCCUGAGUCGACAGAAGAAGCUGCAGGCGGAGGCCAAGCUGGCGCUGGCUAUGGCCAAGCCCAUGGCCAAGAUGCAGGUGGAGGUGGAGAAACAGAACCGGAAGAAGUCCCCGGUGGCCGAUCUGCUUCCACACAUGCCUCACAUCAAUGAGUGUCUGAUGAAGAGGAGCCUAAAGCCGACCGACCUGAGAGACAUGACGCUGGGGCAGCUCCAGGUUAUAGUCAACGACCUGCACUCACAGAUCGAGAGUCUAAACGAGGAGCUUGUACAGUUGCUGCUGGUCCGAGAUGAGCUACACAUGGAGCAGGACGCCAUGUUGGUCGACAUAGAGGACCUCACCAGGCAUGCUGAGAGCCAGCAGAAGCAUUUGGCCGAGAGGUCCCUAACCAAAUAAGACGCCCGCCCUCGCGCGCCCCGCUCCAGUCUUAUCAAACUUAGCCCCUCCCCCUUCCCCGGCGACCCCGCCCCCGCGUCCAUCCAAACCCUGCCUGCUGAGUACGUUGCCCCUCAACCUGUCCACCUUCCUGGGACUCCGGCGGCGGCGCAGGCGCAUGCGCAGGCGACGGCCCGCCCCGCCCCGCUCUCGUCCGCUGCCGCGGUUCUCUCCCUCGGCGCCGAGGACGGAGGAGCGUUUUUCUUCUUCCAGGGAGAAGCAGAAACUGAUUGUGUGUUGUCAUGGAUUCUGUCCCCAGCUUCCUGUGCAGUGAUCGGCCUCGCUUUGCUACGGUUUCUUUUCAACUUUUUACAUUCGCCACUAAAUUAUACCUGUUCAAAUGCAGAAAUUGUGGGGAAAAAAUAAAACAAUAGAGAAAAAUUUAGUAGAAAGUCAGUCUUGAAAAUAAAAAAGAAACACUGUAUAAAAAAAGAAAAAUGGAAAACUAACUUCUUCAGACCAUUUUAAGUUGGACAGUAAUUUUAAAGUAUCUCAAAGUCGACCUGUUUUUAUUCUGCACAAAUGGUAGUUUUCAACUGAGAAACGUUUAUUUGAAGGUGCUAAAAGAGUGUAAAGGAAACAUGCCUGCCUUGUAGUGGAGUCGUAGCUUUUGGUAAAUACGUUCACUCUAAUUGCUCUUCAACAUUUUGUGAAUGUUGAUUUUCUGACACGAGUCAUUUUAAAUGAAUAACUGUGUUAAUAUUGUUUUCAUCCUAUUGUAUUCAGAAACUUUAUUUGAGGAAGAAAUGUUUAUGUACAGAUAUGUAAAAUAAAGAAUAAACUUUGUUUCAUA